AUGAAAAAGGUUGAUUUCAAGAAGCUGUGCGAAGAUAACAUAGCAAAAUAUGAGGCAGCACUCAACGGCCAACAAGAGGUAUCACCUCUAGAAGCUACUCUCGCAGAAAGAGAAGCUGCAGACUCCAGUCAACUCAAUCACUUGUUUGCGGGAAGUUCUGCUACGGAAAACUCGGGGCUGUCUGUCAGACAGCCUCCUAAAGCGCGUAAGCCUCCUAUAGUGCAGUCAGAAUCCUCUUCUUCCGAAGGAGAGUUGACAGAUGACUCAUUGAUGGCAAAGAUGGCUACAACGUCGGAAAAUACAAGGCAUACGUCCAUGGGCGUGGAGAGUUCUAAUACAGAGCGCCGGCCAAUCCAAAAUUCAGCUCAAUCACUCCGUACCUCAUUGAAACGUGCUACGACUACUCCAAACCCGAAGUCAGUCACGAAAUCAAGUCUCGCAAGACCAGCAAAGAGCCAAGAGCCUCGAAGAUCUUCACUGCCGCAAGCAGACUCAGGUUUCCGAGAUAGGCAAACGACGACAGUUUCUACACAACGAAAAAAGAGUAACAACGGUAAACCUACGACCGCUGAAGCUGGUAGUGCCUCCGCUGCUCAUGACACUCUGCAAUCCAGUAGUACAAGCUCAGGUGCUGCAAAGCGAUCAGUCUCUCUUGCGACGCAGCCAAGUGCCCUUAAGACCACAACUAGCUCAGGAAAGAGUAGUGGCAUCAGAAUCGUAAACGAGCCCAAGCCUCAACCUCGUCAAGCUACUGCCUUGCCAAAGAAAACUCAUUUUCAGACACUCCGUCGACACCACGAGGUAGACAUGAGGUCCCGUAGAGAGGGCACACCCGAUGUUGCUGCUCUCAAUUUCGUCAAUGCCCCACCUGAUCUCAUCGUCCCAAAACUGCCGGCACCACACCAUGAUCCAUACGCUCGUCGUGACCCUAUUCAUAGGCGUAUCAUUGCAGAAGAGCCCCAGAACGAUGAGUCUCCAUGGCAAGAGUCUGCUGAUGGGAACAUACCCUUAGCACCCUGGGAGAUUGACAAAGUUCCCCAGGUGUGUUACCAAUGGAGGCUUAGCCAAAACUGCACGAAAAGUGCGAGGGAAUGCCGCUUUAUGCAUAGGCAUAAGGAUGAAAAGGGCCGCGAGUAUUCUAUAGCUGAUAUGCAAGGCAGGAUACCCGGCAAAUACCGCAAACCACCACUCACAUGUCCGUUUUGGCUUAACGGGCAGAAAGGUUGCAGAAAAUCCGCCGAGGGUUGUCUCUUUGCUCACCAAAAUACUGGAUGGAUAAAUCAUAGCGAUCCCUCAAUGGGCGAUGUACGAAUUGAUCCUGACCAGCAACCGAAGCUUGGUAGUAUAGAAGACCAGCUGGAAGAGAAGAGGACUACAAGGUCUUUAAAUCCGAAUCAGCUUACUUGCUGGUACUGGAACAGAGGCGAUUGUCGAAAUACAGAACAGGAAUGUGCUUACCAGCAUAGAGAGACUGGCAUUGUUGCAAAUGCACCACAUGAAGGCCAUCAGACGUCUGAUACUAUACCAGAUAUGGAUGACAAUAUGGAUAUCGAUGAUACCGUCCAGCCACCCACGACCAAUGAAGCAACACGCAUCCCUUCUCCCAUACCAUCUGGACAACCACAGCAGUUCUCGUUUCAGCCACCACCUCCGCCUCCGCCUCCACCCAUUACAAAUGAGGUCAAGAUUAAAUGCGAACAGUUGCGGACGGUCGGAGAAUCAGUCUGCGCAUUGGACUUUGAGGAUAUGUUUGCGAGCAAUGGCGGCGAGGAAGCUGCCAAUCUGCUUGAGAGUAGGGCUUUUCUAAUGUACCAUCCCGAAGACCAUUUUGAAGAGUUGGAGAUCAUUACUCGAUGGUUAUUAUUGCACCAUGUCCAGGUUGCUAGUACGAGCUAUCAGGGUGCAUGGGCUGUUUUCAAGCAGCAAAUUUUGCAAGGAGGUUCAGGCAUCAUUAUAGUACAUCCGGACGUUGAAUACUUCACAGCAUUUCCCGGUUUCGGCGAAGUUCUUCGUCAGAACGUCCGUCUCUGGUCGGUUGGGCUUCAACCAAGUCUCGACUACGACCAUGCUUUGACAGAUGGUCUUCCCAUGCUUCAAUAUGAGCGCAUUGAAAUUUUCCCACUUGGCGGAUUCGUUUACAUUACGGAGGAAGUCUUUGAGACGAAGCCACAACUUGCUUUGGAAAUUGUCAAGCUUUUCUUCGCAAAGAUAGUGAGUCUCAGAGGGCGCGCAGGCCCGCUGGCUCCAUGGCAAGAAGUCGACGACGCCAGCUUGUUGUGGCGGCUGUGUGUCCGGCCAGAGUUGAUGGAGUAUCUAUUUCAGAGAUGCGAAGACCAUGCAAUGGAUGUGAACGCUGGGGAUGUUGACAUGCAGAGUUGUGCCAAGCUCUACUCGCUCCUCGCCGAAACCAACUACAUCGAGCAAGAUGAUCCGGUUGUUCCACUAAGCGCUGUAACCGACAAAUAUCCCAUACUCUCCGAGCGCCGGGCCAUCGCCGAAUGCGAGCCUGUGGAUUACUUCAACACAGUCGCUCGUAGCAAAGAAGCCGCCAACCUAAACAUGAUCCGCUACUAUGCUGGACUGCAAGUCGACAUGCGUCGCGACUAUCGCCAUUUCUACGUCGUCCAUACCGAGCCAAAGGCAAAGUAUGUCCAAGAAUGGAAGCAAGAGAUUCAGACCAUUGCCGAUGUCAUCACACCCGAGCAAUGCAUCAAUGAAAUGCGAAAGGAUGGGCAGGACAGCAUGUUUGACUUUUACGAACGCUUCAUGGCAGACAACGAGAGCUCCAAGGGAGUAGUCAAAGAUGGUGAUGCAACGAAGCGUGCAGGCUAG